UUUUCUUCAGUUCAUUGUUUCUAUAUUAUAUUAGUGUUUUGUAGUUUUUUGAUAUGCGCAAGCAAAUAACACGUCUAUAUUACUCUAUGACUUUAUGUGCGCAAGUGACCUUUGAAACUUAUAAUUUUUCGUAUUCGAUUUUUUUGAUUUCGUUAAUUUUAUUUUGUAAAUAGAUUCCUAUUUUAUUUCAGAUGAAUUUCAGUUCAGUUAUUUUGAUUAUAUUGUUUACCCUGUUCCCAAUAUGCUUCAGCCGCUUAGAAGAAGAUACGUCUUUGGACCAUUGCAAUAUAAAUGAAUGCUUUCAUGUAUCUGCAAAACUCUGUCCAAGUGCUGAUAGUCCGUGCAGAUGUCAUCAUUUGCCAAACUGUGAAAGAGCUGUCGUAUGUUGCAAUGUUACCAGUUCUCAAUUGAUUGAAGGAUUAGAUUGUGCAGGAGUGAGUGGCAAUGGUAUUGUUGAAGCCUUACAUGUAAGAAAUGCAAGCCUGGAUAUUUUGAAUGUGACUCAGCCAACUUGGAAGAGGUUGAGGUAUAUGACAAUAACAGAUGGACACAUUAAUAGAAUUUCUGGUGAAUUUUCCAAGCUUACCCUCAUAUCUUGCCUCAAUCUGUCAUCCAAUAGUAUAAGUAGAUUUGAUGAGAGGUCACUUGUUAAUCUUUAUAAUCUGUCUCACUUGGAUCUUUCUCAUAACAAUUUAUCAGAAGUACCUAGGUUCAAAAAGGAAGGAAAUGUUACUCUGGAUAUCUCUUCAAAUCCUUUCAUAUUAUGCAGUAGUGUACUAGAUGCAUUAAAGAGAGCAGAACUAUUUUUCAACAACUAUAAUGAAACGAAUUGUUCCAGUUCUAAAACAUUUCACUGGUUUAAUUCAACCGAGCAUCUUCCACUCAUAAGAAUUAUAGGGUUGCAUGAGCUGAGCAAGGAUUGCAACAAAAUGAACUCCAAUUGUACAUGUGAACCAUCUAGGGUUGAUUUGAUUCCUGGAAAAACUCCUAUAUUUGCAAUUGACGUGAACUGUUCUAACAGAGGAUUGACCCAAAUGCCAACUCCACUACCACCGAAUACAAUCGUCCUCAAUAUAACAAACAACAAUAUUACUUCCAUUGAAGCAGUCAAUAAUGACGCUUCCUAUAUACACCUCAGGGAACUAUAUGCAGAUAAUAAUCAAAUUACAUCAGUUCUGCCUCUUGAAGGUUCUAAAUUUAUCAGUAAUUUUGUAACACUCAGCUUACGCAAUAAUAAAAUUGAAUCGUUGCCACCCUAUAUGUUUUCAAUUGCUUUCGAUAGGAAUUAUUUUUUGAGAUCAGUUUAUUUGGAGAAAAACUAUAUUCAUUGUGAUUGUAACACAGCGAAAAAUUUGAAGGAUUUGCUACUGACAAAGGCAAAGCAAAUCCCAGAUUACAAAGGUAUUUUUUGUGAAAACAUUAAUUCUCCAGUAAUGGAUCUGAACCCCUCCACACUCUGUCAGAGCACAUCUGAUUGGACUGAUUAUGUACAUUAUAUAAUAACUAUUCAAAUUAUCUUGCUUGUUGGACUGAUCGCCAAAGUUUUUUAUGAUUAUUGGAUUUUCAAAACUGCUGGAUAUUUGCCAUGGCCUGCAAGUAAGAUGCCAAAAAUGCCAUGUGACUGGUUAUGCGAAUAAAAAUUAUUCAAAGGACUAUUGAAGGAGUAGGUAGAUGAUAUGAAUAUCAUACAAACUUUUGUGCCAUUAUUUAUACUUAUUUAUACAUAUUUGAGGAAAUAAAUUUCUUACAUUUGAAA